CUAUCCAUCUCGCCCAUUACUAUUCCCCCCUUGGUGGUUUCCCGAGUUGGCCAUUUUGCCGUACAUCUCCCGCUUGUGCCGCUCCAGAUCCUCGGACCACUUCGCCAUGUGCCUACAUGACAUGCACACAGAGACAGAGAGAGAGAGGGAGAGAGACAGCAAGGGCCAAUUCACACACAUAAUGUGUGUUGGUUCCCUUGGUGUGGGCGCAUCGGCGGUAUACACACCUGCGCCGCUCUUCCUCGGUCACGAAGAGGUCUGCCGUGUCGUUGGUGCCCGAUGCUGCUUGUGGUGGUGGUCCUUGUGGUGCAGCAGCAGCAGCAGCAGCAGAGGCAGUUGUUGUGUAGACCCCAUUGCUAUUGUUGGCCGGCAUUGGCACAUUCAGCGGAGGCACAAAGGUGAAAGAACCUACAGCCCACACCACACACAAGCAGUGUGCAGUUGUGUGAGCUUGGAUGAGUAGUGAGUGGACUCGCUCACCGUGGAGCGGCAGUCGAUAGACCUCUACCGUGUAUCGAGGUGACGGCAACGGCGAAGUGGGGCGAGACUUGAGCAAAGAGUCAGGAGCGUGCAGUUGCAGCUUACCACCACCACCACGAGCAACAUAGGCACCGUCUCGAUUUCCCUCCUCUUUGUCUCUCUCAGGAGUCGUCCGCAGCGAAUAACUCUGCUGCUGCUGCUGCUGAUUGCCGCCCACAUUCUGCUGAGGAUGGUGCUGCUGAUGAUGAUAAGGCACACCCACACCAACACGUGGCGACAGACACUGCAGCUGAUGCACACGCGGCGACACCACCAGCUGCCCUUGCCCAGGCCCGUUGCGCGUCCGCACGGGCGAGCGUCUGCACAUGACGAACGGUGAGCACGUGGGCGAGCACUUGGGCGAAGGGGGCGGGGCCGCCGGCAUCGCUGGCAUCGUUGCUGCUGCUGCUGCUAGCGUCUGGGGGGGCGACUGCUGCUGCUGCUGAUGGUGGUGGUGGUGCUGCUGGCCGGCCACACGCAGAGAGGCCGUCGCUUUGGCUGACGCAACGGCCUGCACAAUACACUUUCAGUGGUUGUGUGUGUGUGUGUGUGGCUAAUCACUCACCUGUGCCUGAUUUGCGAGCAGGAUCUGUCCCUGCACCGACUCGACCAGCUGCUGCACAUGAAAGGCGCGGAAAUCCAUCAGCGGGGCGGGGUAGUUGGCCAAUGGCAUCCUACAAACACACACACGGACACACACACACACACACACACACACAGAGAGAGAGAGAAAGUGCACAAUGCGCGUGUAUAUUGUGUGCAUCCCAAUGGACGUACCGAAUCAGCUGUCGGUCCGUGUGCGUCUGUGUGUGGCUACUCGGGCUGCUUUGGUUGCUCCCAGACGAGCUGCUCUGCGGCGACCCACCACACACACCACCACCACCUGCACCAUUCCCACCACCACCGCCACCACCACCGCCAGCGCCCCUGCUCGAAUCUUCACUGCUCGACGGCGAUCGCCGGUGCAUCAUUGAAGCGUGGGCAUGGUGGACGGUGUGGCCGGGCAGCUGCAGUGGGGGCACUGGUGGCGCCGAUGGGGCCGAGAGAGCGGCGGCUUUCUUGUCGGCUCCUUCUGCUGCUGCUGCUGCUGCUGCUGUGUGUGGCGGGCCGUCCUCUGGAAUGCGCGAAAGCGUAUGUGCUGCUGACGGUGGGUGUGGGUGUGUGUGGGCAAGUGUGUGUGCGUCGCUGUUGAGCGAGUUGCUGGUGUGGGUGAUGCUGGUGGCGACCUGGGUGGACGUGGCCGUCGAGGUGCGCAGCUGUCCAUCCACACACACACACACACAGAGAGAGAGAGAGAGAGAUGGUGUGUCUGAUCACAACGUCUGUGUGGUGUGGUUACGUGUUCAUCGUUGUGAGUUUUCUUGACGACCGAUGCGGCCGGGACGCUCUCCAACACACGCUGCUGCUGCUGCUGCUGCUGCUGCCCAUUGCCACCAUUGCCAUUGCUCUCCCUCUUCUCGGGCCUCUUCACCUGAACAAACCAUACACGUGUGUGUGUGUGUGUGUGUGUGUGGAGGGGGGGAGGGCAUCAUUUGGCCUACGCGUGUGUCUCUGCGAGCGAUGGACUGAUGGUCCUGUUUGUAGGAGGACUUGGGCAGUAUCGGCAAAAUGCGCUUGUUGCCUUUGUGGUGCACACAAUGGAACACAGAAUCUCUCUCUCUCUCUCUGUGUGUGUGUGUGUGUGUGUGUGGAUGGCUUACGUGUGAGCGGCGGCCGUAUGUCGAUGUCAGGGAGGCCGAACAGCGUCCGCACAGUCACCGGACACUGCUCCCCCUUCAGCCAUAUGUGGUUCUUGGCCUACACACACAAACAGACACACACACACUACAUAUCGCUGCGCACGAGUGCACGCACACACACGUCUGUGUGUUCUUAACUGUGUGUUCUUAAUUACUUGUUCGAGGGAGAAUCUCUGCUCAGGGUCUGGGUGCAUCAUGUUGAAAAGAAAGUGGUGGCAGUUCGGCUGCACACACACAUAGAUGCGCACAGACACAUAGAUGCACACACACAGGCGUGGCGAGCACAAACGUGUGACGGCCGACCGUGAGGUGGGCCCCGUUGCGCAUGGUGAUAAAUUCGAUGUACCGGCGGGAAGCAAACAACGACCUGCAAUCCAAUGCAUUGCACCGACACACACACCCAUCCAUCCAUCCAUCCAUCAAUGUGUGUGGAGGGGGAGGGCGAGGGGGAGGGGGAGGGGGGAUGCCGACCAGUAGGGGUCCUCCUCUGUGGCCUUCUCGAACGGCUGGCACUUGGUCAGCACGUUCCACAGCAUCCACCCUACACACAUCACACACACACACACACAUGCAUGUGAAUCAUCAUGAUGUGUGUGAAUCUCUCCCGGCGUACCGACCGAUGCAGAAAGAGUCGACUUUGGUUGCGUCAUAGGGCUUCGAAUCAUACACCUCUGGCGGCCGAAAACUGUAGACGGCCACACCACAGGAUGAUCAACGUCCAGGCGAGAAUGUGCGAGUGCGGUCUGACGGACGGACCUUUUCCCAAAUGACUUUUCGAACUCAGUUUUCUUGACGGAGCCGUCCGGCAACACCUCUAUGUCGAUCGCCUGCAGUGCGCGCACACGGCAAUCCAGGGUGUGUAUGUGUGAGUGCUGUCGGUGGUCACUUGGCCGGGGUCCGUUAUCUUGGGGCAGACUGUGUGGUCCUCAUUGAGAAAGAGCAAUAUGUUCUCCAAAGAAUGGUCACGGAAACUACGAAAGCACACAAAAGACAGACAGACACAAGGCGCCCCUCUCUCUCCCUCUCCCUCUCCCUCUCCCUCUCUGUGUGCGAAUGGGCUCAUUUCUCACCCAAUGUUGCGAUUUUUGAGAAACAGUGCGCCAUCGAUGAUUUGAGAAAACAGACAACGCGCCUCGGGCUCACUGCAUCCACACACACUCACACACACGUGAUCGACAUGCACACAAGUCUCGUGCGAGGCACUUACCUGAAAGCGCCGUCCCGUCUGCGCAGAACCUCAAACAGAUCGUCACCCUCAGCUAGUGGCCUGACAGGACAGCAGACCCCCAAUCCACACACACACUCCGAAGGUCUCUCUCUCUCUCUCUCUGUGUGUGUGUGUGUGAGUGUGAUUGUGUGUUUGUGAUUGCUUACAUGAUGAUGUAGACGUAGUCCGCGUCUUGUGCCACGUCGAAGAAGGUCAGCACAUUGGGGUGCCCCUGCAUACGCUGACAAUACUUGACCUCUGCCCAGGGGUCCUCACUCGUACGCUGCAUCGCAUCCACACACGAUGUGCCACACACACACAGACAGACCGUGACCUACCAGUGACUCAAGCUGGUCCUCAAUGGCCUGCUUGUCGACCACCUUGAUGGCACACGGGGUCAGACUGGACCUACACACAGACACAUAGACACAGACACACACGUCAAGGCAGAUGGACGGAUGCACACACACGUGUGUGUGUGCGUGUGUGUGGAGUGGUUGCCAACCCCACCGCGAGUAGCCCUGGAAGACGGCUCCAAAGAUGGCCUUCUGCAGCAUCAACUCGAACCGAUAGUAAUCCCUGAUGGAUGGAUCAAUGGACACACUCACACACGAGAUGUGUGUACUCUCUCUCUCUCUCUCUCCGGUCCUUCUCUUACUUUGAGGUCUUGACGGUCUGCCCCAGCAAGUCGCCCAGCUCCUUCUCCUUACCCCUCUCGCCCACGCCCACACCAGGUGCAUGUCCGUGUGUGUGUGCAGUCACAUUCCCAUUGCCGUGUCCAGGCGCAGGUGCAGGUGCAUGCGCAUGCACCUGCUCCUUCUGCUGCUGCCGCUGCUGCUGCUGCUGCUGGUGCUGCUGGUGGUGCUGCUGCUGGUGGGAAGACGCAUAAACGCCGCCGCCCUGCGCAUACAAAUACCCAUGACUUUGAAUGGCCACAGGCUGGUGAUGGUGGAUGCACGGCGCAGCGACGGGACAGCCAGUGUACACCGUGUGGUGCGUCGGAUGGGCCGCGUGAGCCGCAUGAGCCGCGUGAGCCGCUGGGGGUUGGUAGAAGACGCCCGCUGGGACGUACAUGACACUUCUCUUCUUCAAGGGGCUCACAUGACGACCAAUUGGCGAUGAUUUAUGGAUGAUUCGGGCACAUGAGAGCUUCUCAGCCACACUCCUUCGCCGUUU